AGAUCUCUCUACAAUCCUACUAGCCGACGAUGUACCUCUGGAAGGGCGUGGCCGCAGGGGCGCUGUUGGCGGCGGGCGUCGUGCGGGCUGACGUCACUCUCUACGUGCGCCUGGGCGAAGGGGCGUGUGGAAGCGCCGUCAAGUCUGUGCCAACGAAACUCCUUCUGUGUGGCGCGGUCUGCGUUGUCUAUAACUGGUGCGUGAGCUUCAGCUACGGAGGCGGGGUGUGCAACCUGCAUCAACAGCUGACCGGCCCUGACGGUUCUCCGGGCAUGGACUGUUACGUUCCUGCCGAUCCAACAACGGGCAUUCCUCUCCAGAUUGUAUCUGAGACGACAACUGCAGCAUCCUUGGCAGGAGGAACAUGCUACACAGUGGACACAGCGCCUUGCGGGGCUGAGCACGAAGGCGCGUUCUAUCUCCACCCAACAGACUGCGGCAAGUAUCUCCGCUGUACGGGAGGAAGAAUUUACGAAAUGCCCUGUCCCGGAGGCCUGGUGUUCGACAUAACGAAGAGUGUUUGUGAUUAUCCUGCAAAUGUAAUGACAGGGUGCACGUGCUGAGUCUGUGGCGGUCUCUCGCAGCUGCGGUGAAGGGUGGCACUCAAGGAACCCAACAAUUGUCUUAAAUAAAGCUCGUUACAUCCUGAGUGAAAUGUUGAAAAUAGCUAGAGUGAAUGACAGAACACUGACAGAGAGGAAAAACGAACACAGGAAUUGUACAUCUGAUUUUCUUUUUUUCUUU